AUGGGGCCUCCUCCUACCUUUCCUCCUCGGUCAACUUCGUUGCCACCUACAUUUUUUAUGCCCCCACCUGGGCCUGUCCACAUUUCUGUAUCUUCAGUUGGCACGAACUCUGGAUCUAACCUUAAUUUUAUUCCCACACCAAAUGUAACUUCUUCUCUCGGUUUUCAUAUUAGUCAACAAGGUAGCUCCUCAGCACUGCCUACUUCAUUUACUCCAACUGCAUCUCCGGCAUCAAGCACACCUAGCGUAUCUAGGUUAAAUAUUGGAGUCUCUGGCACACCAACAUCACCAUCCAUUGGUAGUGCUACACAAGCAGCUUCUCGGGGUCGAAGUGGUAAAGUGACUCCACAAUAUGAUGCAUAUAGUAGGCCGAUUAUCGUUCCGGAUGAGAAAGAUGGGUUUUUCCCUUCAUUUGUUGCUACACAUAUGGUUACAUAG